UGUGAAGAAGAUGGGUCAAGGCUGUCCUUAUAUAAAGGAUGUGGAGUCAGAGGUCCCCGGCAGAAGUUCCUCGAUCUACCACCGUAUAACACUGAAACAUGAAGUCUUCCAUUAUCCUAAUGUGGGUCGUGGUACUGUUCUGUGUGAACGCCCAGGACACCGAAGACACGGAACCGUCGCAUCCCGAACACAGCGUGAAGGGUAUUCUGGAGGGCCUGAAGUCAGGAUUUAGCAGAACUCUGGGUUCCGUUUUCGGUCUGGCAAAGGAUAAGUUCAAGCUGGUCCUCUCCGGUCUGAAAAAACUAAAGAAGACAGUGGCCAAAGGGAUCCUCAACAAGUUCAUUGACUUGCGAGACAAGCAGCAUGAUUUCGGAGAUGCUGAAAGUGCACAGAGGGUGGCCCAAAUGAUGCAGGUUCUGGAGACCAGUGGGGCAUCGACGUCAUACGUCACCAUGGCGUCCUUAACGAUUCCACUCCUUGCAAUGGUGGCGCUGGGGUUGUAAGCUUAUCUGGACUCAAGAACCUCUACUGGAAAUAACUGUAUAGUGUUGCUGGUCAACGUUUUGCGUAUCGAGAUCAGUGCCACGAUAAUCGCACUGGCAAGUCGCGUAUCCAUGGUAACACAGUAUGAACUUGAAUUGUAAAAUACUCCAGGUACGAUACAUCUGGAGUGUUUGAGCUGUUUGUGGACUCCAAUACACUCAUAGUGACGAGUUUCCAUGCAUUGUUUCGCGUCCUCACUAUCGCUAAGAAAUGUUUCGUUAUAGCAAUAAAUACUUUUUGGGAAUAAAUUAUUUUGUGCUACACUCA